AUGGAUUCACCUUGGGAUAGAGACGAUGAUAUCGUUGGAGAGGAACCCAAGUCUUUGAAUCAGUACAUACGAGAGGGGCUGAAUAAUCUUCUCCAAGAACAGCUCCUCUGCGACACAACCAUUGUGGCCAAAGGCGAACGGUUCCCCUGUCACAGGAUGCUCCUUGCUGCCAUCAACCCCUACUUCCGAGCCAUGUUCUCCAGCUCCUUCCGGGAGUCAAAGGAUGGAGAGGUUCUGCUGCAAGACAUGGAGCCCGCCAUUGUCCAAGCUGUGGUGAACUAUUACUACACGGAGGAGAUUGAGCUCGUGCCGGAGAUGGCCCAAGACCUGUUUGUAGCAGCCAGCAGGCUUCAAAUCCUUCCACUGCUCGAGAGUUGCUCCAGAUACCUCUUGGAACACAUCUCCCCAGAGAACUGCCUUUCACUCUACCAAUUGGGCUACGCGCACAGCGACCCUGAUCUCUUCCAAGAAGCCAAGAUCCUGGUCAGCCUGCACUUCAAGCGCCUCUCCAUUGAGGACAAGACCUUCCUCAACUUGAACCCCAGCACCCUCAUUAGCAUCAUCUCCAUGGACAGUCUGGUAGUCUCUUCCGAACUCACCGUCUACCGGGCCGUGUGGCGCUGGGUGAUGGCCCAGAGCGCCAGCCGCCUGUCAUUCCUGGGGCAGCUCCUGACGUACGUUCGCCUCCCGCUCUUGACCCAGGAGGAGCUGAGGGAGGUCCAGUCUGAGCUGAUGCGCUACAGGGACCUCCGCCUGCGGUGGAAGCGCUUCAACCGCCAGGAGAGGCUGCAGCACAGCGGAGGCCUGCGAAGAGGGAUGUACUCCACCUGCAUCAUCUGCGUGGACCUCUUCAACAUGGAAGGCCCAGAACUGAAGACCAAGGACUUCCAGGUCGGCUGCUACGACCCCCAGGCUGGAACAUGGGAAAAGAUGCCCCUGUUGAAAUGCCUGUAUUGCGCCCGCUGUGUGGCCGUCGGGGAUAAACUGUACGUCACUGGAGGGGUCCACACGGAUGACUCUUAUUCAGACACGAUGCACGAGUACAGCCCGUUGAGGGGUCACUGGACUCAGCUCCCUUCCAUGUCCGUGGCCAGGGCCUCCCAUGGCUUCCUCGCCUGCAACCAGCAGCUGUUCGCUAUGGGUGGCUGGUGCAAGUACGAGGACUACCUCGACACAGCCGAGUGCUUUGACUUGGCGAGAAAGUACUGGUUUCCGAUUACCAGGAUGCCCUUUGCGCUCAGCCACUUUGCCUCGGCGGCGUUCAAGAACAAGCUCUACCUGGUCGGCGGCGUCACAGACACCGUCGGCUCAUGGUACGCUUCCCGGAAGGUCCUGAUCUACGAAGUGGCCUUGGACACAUGGAAUCAAGUGUACUUGGACAAAGAGUGCUACUGGUCUGGCGCCGUGGCCAUGAACAAUGGGAUCUAUGUGAUCGGGGGCUACUUCCGGAGCCGGACGAGGCACAACGAGCGCUGGUCAGACACAGGGAACCUGCGCUGCACCCGGAAGUGCUUCUUUCUGGGGGAAGACGGCCACUUGGACAGGAGAGUCACUAUCCCCAGGCUGCCCAUAGAAUUGGCGGGGGCCGGUGUGGUACGCUGGAAGCACCGCAUUUACGUGCUGGGUGGGGAGAACACCUACAUGUAUAACAACCUGGAGGGAGAGAAUGAAGAGGAAUAUUAUAACACUGUUUACUACUGGGAACUCGGGGCCACGAAGUGGGUCCAGUGCCAGGAGAGGCUGCCAUUCACCAGCUGGGGACUCAGCGGCUUUGGCUGCACCACCAUGAAGGUCCCCAAAAAGCCCAUCCUAGAGCUUUUCCGGAAGACGUCGGUUGCACUGACAGCCAUAGAGGUGGUGAACCCUUAG